UACUGUGUGAAACAAACAACCAUCUUUUUUGGCAAUAGGUGGAUGAAAGCAAGAUCUUUCCUUUCCAGUGAAAGGGAAUCUGUGCUCCACCAAGUUUGCGUCUUCAUUCUGGGUCCCCCAUCCAUCCAUCACCCAAUAUGCUCUCUCUUUCUCUCAUCUCUCAUCGACCCACAUUUCCAUUUCCAUUUCCAUUUCUUCCGUCUGCUUCUUCUUCCUUUUUCAAUCAAUCAAUACCCUCUAGGAAAAUUUUUUAUUUUUUUUAAAUUUUCAUAGCAAAUCGGCGAUACAUAUAUAUAGUUCGUCGCCGGCGAUGCCGACGCCGGUUAGUACUGCUAGACAAUGUUUGACGGACGAGGCGGCAAGAGCGCUCGACGAAGCAGUUUCCGUCGCCCAUCGUCGGAGUCACGCCCAAACAACUUCACUCCACGCCGUAUCAGCCCUUUUAUCGCUUCCAUCAUCAUUCAUUCGCGACGCAUGCGCACGCGCCAGGAGUUGUGCUUACUCUCCACGCCUACAGUUCCGGGCACUUGAACUCUGCGUAAGUGUUUCGCUAGACAGAAUACCGGUGACGAAGGCGGUCGCGGAUGAACCUCCUGUUUCGAAUUCGCUCAUGGCAGCGAUUAAACGUUCUCAAGCGAAUCAGAGACGGCAUCCGGAUACUUUCUAUUUGUACCAACAGCUUCAACAGUUUAACAAUUGUAAUCAAUCGUCUUUGUCUUGCGUUAAAGUUGAGCUCAAGCACUUCAUCUUAUCGAUCCUUGAUGAUCCAAUUGUGAGUCGGGUUUUUGGAGAUGCUGGGUUUCGUAGCUGCGAUUUGAAGUUCGCAAUUCUUCAACCUCCCCCAAUUUCUAGAUUCGCAAGGUCUCGUCUUCCUCCUUUAUUUCUAUGUAAUUUACCAGAUUCAGAAUUAGACCGAUCCGCUUUCACUUUCCCCUACGCUGGACUGGAAAUUCAGGACGAGAAUAAUAACAGAAGAAUUGUCGAAAUCCUUACGAAGAAGACCAACCCGUUACUGAUUGGGGCUUGUGCAAAGGAUGCACUAGUUAGCUUCACCGAAUCCUUAAGAACAGAGAAACCCGGGACUCUACCGGCUGAACUUGACGGAUUGAGGUUGAUUUCUCUGGAGAGAGAGAUAUCUGAGAUUUGUGAAGCGAAAUUGGAAGUUAAGUUAAAGGAGAUUGGCGAUUCAGUUGAGCAAUGCUCUGGGCCGGGAACAUUGAUUAAUUUGGGGGAUUUUAAGAGGUUGAUAGUAGAAGAUGGGCAUGGGGCAUCAUCAUCUUCCAUUGAUGCUGUAAAGCUUCUUGUUUCAAGAUUGACAGGUCUACUUAAAAAUCAUGGCAGAAAGAAGUUAUGGGUAAUUGGGGCUGUGGAGAGUUACGAGAAUUACAAGAUGUUUCUUGCUCAGUUUCCUUGGGUAGAAGGAGAUUGGGAUUUGCAGACUCUACCCAUCACUUCAUCAAAGCCAUCGCCAUAUCCAAAAUCCAGGUUAAUCGGGUCAUUUGUCCCACUUGGUGGUUUUUUCUCUGGACCAACAGAGUUUGAGAAUCUACAAAGUGGCAGUGGUGCUCAUGGGUUCACUUUAUGUGAGCUUUGCAACCAAAAAUACGAGCAAGAAUCUGAGCAAACAAUUGGGGUGCAGUCAAAAGAUGAUCAUGUAAUAUUAAAGGCCAAGUUAGUUGGUUUAAAGCAGAAAUGGAAUGACAUCUGCCAACGCCUUCACCCAAUUCCACGAUUCAAUCAUGGACCUGCGGAAAGCUCUAGAUUCGUUGCUAAAACGAAAGAAAAUCAGUCCACGAGCUCAAACGAACCAUCUGUGGUUCGUGUACCUGAAAAUGCAGAGUCUUUGGGGCAGCGACGGCCAUCCACAGAUCUUGGUUUGGGCUGCUUCAGCAAUGAGCAGCAUGAAGGGCAGACCAAGAAUUUCAAAUCUAUCUGUAAAUUCCUGAGCGAAAGAGUUAGCUGGCAAGACGACGCCAUUUGUCAAAUUAGUCAAGCCAUAUCUAACUUCAGAAGUGGAAACAGAAGUAACAGCCAAGGAAGAAGAAGACAUAGAGGUGACUUAUGGCUUAGCUUUCUUGGACCCGACCAAGUGGGGAAGAAAAAGGUUGCAUCUGCACUAGCUGAAGUAAUUUACGGUUCAAUAGAAAGCUUAAUAUAUGUGGAUCUAAGCAGAGAAGAUUGGGCUGGUUCAAAUAUUCGAAGAGGAAAGACCGUGAUCGAUUAUAUCUGCGACAAGCUUAGUCUAAAACCUCAUUCAGUCGUUCUGCUUGAGAAUAUAGAUAAGGCUGAUUUUGUAGCUCAAACUAGUUUGUCUCGGGCAAUAACAACCGGGAAAUUUGCCGAUUCCCAUGGAAGAGAGAUUGGCUUGAACGACACUAUCUUCGUAACAACCUCAGGUUCUUCAGAGUACACAGAGGAACAGAUAGCCAAAAGGAAAAGGAAACAGAUUGAUGUCAACAUUGACUCGUCUGAACAGGACAGGCUGGGAAAGAAGAAGAAACACGAUACUAGAUCAUUCCUAGACUUGAAUCUGCCUGCAGAUUCAUUGGAAGAGGAAGAAGAAAAGAGUGACUCGGAAAACUCCAACAAUGGUAGUGAUUCUUGGGUAGAGAGUUUCUUGAUUGAGGUGGACGAGAAGGUGGUUUUCAGGCCUAGAACUUCUUAAUAAUAUUCUUCCCAUAAAAGUUUUUCUUUUUUGUAUGCAAUAAUAAUAAAUAGGAUUUUGUAUGUUUGUAUGUAAUAAUUGCUGCUGGGCUGGGUAAUUUAGUAGCAUCUACUUAUAAUAUGGUGGUGCUCCAAAUGUAAAUUCCUGUAUAAAGAAACUAGAGGAAUUAAUGAUGAAUGAGGUUUGUGACAUUCUUUGGA